AUGGAUUUCAUCGAAUUGGAAGCAAUUGAAGGCCUCAGAUGGUCAUGGAACUCGUGGCCCACAACCAAAUCCGAGGCUGCAGCUCUGGUAGUCCCUUUAUCAAUUUUGUGUACUCCUUUAACUCAAUUCGGUGACCUCCCUAUACUUCCCUAUGACCCUUUGAUUUGCUCCAAGUGUGGCGCCGUUUUGAACCCGUAUGCCCGGGUCGAUUACCAGAGUAGAAUCUGGUAUUGCUCGUUUUGUAAUGGAAGAAACCCAUUUCCAAAGUCUUAUCUUGGAAUUAAUGAAAACAGUAUCCCAGCGGAGCUUUUUCCCACUUAUAGUACUGUGGAAUAUCAUUUGGGGAAAAAAUCGAUGAAUUUGGGGCACAACCCGCAAAACCCGGGCUUUGGUUCCGGGCCCGGUUAUGGCAAUGGGUUGGUUUUGUCUGGUUCAAGUUCGAUUUCGAGAAUGGGAUCGUUUUCUAGCUCAAAUUCUUCAUUGGCGGGGUUGGACUGGGCCGGGUCGGGCUUUGUCCCGGGACCUGCUUUUGUGUUCGUUGUGGAUGUGUGUACUGCUGAGGCGGAGCUUAGGGUGUUGAAGAGUGAGUUGUUGCAUGUGAUCACGCGGUUGCCAGAGAAUGCUCUUGUGGGGUUGGUGGUUUUUGAUUCUUUGGUCAGGGUUUAUGAUCUUGGGUUUUCAGAGUGUUUCAGGGUGGUGCUGUUUCAUGGUGAGCGCGAGAUAUCGUCCGAGCAGACGAAACAGCUGUUGGGGAUUCAUCACAUAAAGCAGCAACUUGGAAAGACAUCAACAGUUCAUAAACAGGGAUUCCUAUUGCCAGUAUCUGAGUGCGAGUUCAGUUUCACGAAUGCCAUUGAAGAUCUUCAUUCUUCACCGCAGGCUCUCGCUGGUCAUCGUCCAUUACGGUCCACAGGGGUAGCAAUAUCAGUUGCAGUUGGACUAUUAGAAGGAUGCUUCGUUAGUUCAGCUUCACGAAUCAUGGUUUUCACUUCUGGCCCGGCAACUAUUGGCCCAGGCAUCAUUGUAGCUUCAGAUUACAGUCAUGCCAUCAGGACCCACCGAGAUAUCGAUAGUGGUUAUGCUCCUCAUUACAUAAAGUCCUGUGAAUUCUACAAGCGAUUAUCGAAGAGGUUAUGUGAUUCUUCAGUUGUGCUCGAUCUUUUUGCUUGUUCAUUAGAUCAAGUUGGAGCAGUGGAGCUAAAGGUCCCUGUUGAGAGCUCUGGUGGAUUCAUGAUGUUAGGGGAGUCAUUUGACUCUGAAAAAUUCAGAAAGUGCUUGAAUCACAUAUUCAUCCAUGAUGAGGAAGGGAAUUUGAACAUGUGCUUUGAUGCUACUAUAGAGUUAGUAACCACGAAGGACGUCAAAAUCUGUGGAGCUUUGGGUCCCUGUGUUUCUUUGCAGAAAAAGAACAGUUCUGUGAGUGACAAAGGGAUUGGGGAGAGUGGUACAUAUGUUUGGAAGCUAGGUACACUCAAUAAAAAAACAUGCAUUGCUUUCUUCUUUGAAGUGGGCCAUGAACAACACAUCCAACCUAACUCUGCAUUUUUCAUACAAUUCAUAACUCAGUACAGAUAUGGGAAUAUGGGGAUUCGCAAGAGAGUGACCACUGCUGCUCGAAGGUGGGUUGGGAAUCACUCACCAGAAAUUCAUGCUGGGUUUGAUCAGGAAGCAGCUGCUUCAGUGAUGGCUAGACUUGCAAUCCACAGAACGGAAAGAUUUUUCGCUCGAGAUGUUAUCAGUUGGCUGGAUAAGAAGCUUAUUCUUUUUGCUUCAAAGUUCGGGCAGUAUGUGCAGGAGGAUCCAUCUUCCUUCCAUCUGGCAUCCAACUUCUCCCUUUAUCCGCAAUUUAUGUAUCAUUUAAGGAGGUCUCAGUUCAUUGAUGUGUUUAAUAGCACUCCAGAUGAGACUGCGUUUUUCAGGCUUAUGCUAAAUCGUGAGGGUGUGGUUGGCUCUCUACUAAUGGUCCAGCCUACCCUUUUUCAGUAUUCAUUUGAAGGACCACCAAUCCCUGUUCUUCUAGAUGUUUGCUCUAUCUUCCCUGAUGUGAUACUGCUCUUUGAUUCCUAUUUUAAUGUCGUGAUUCACUAUGGAUCUAAGAUUGCGCAAUGGAGGAAGCUUGGUUAUGAUAGGGACCCCAACCACGAGAACUUUCGAAAGCUGCUGGAAGCUGUUGACCUUGACGCAAAGCACCUAGUGGCUGAACGGAUUCCAGUGCCAAAGCUCAUAAAGUGUGACCAACACAGUAGUCAGGCAAGAUUUCUUCUUGCCAAGUUGAAUCCAUCAGUGACACAGAACUCAACAUGUACAGAUGGUUCGGAGAUUAUUUUUACUGAUGACGUGAGCCUGCAAGUGUUCAUUGAUCACUUGCAAGCUUUGGCUGUGCAGGGCUAAUGGAGUGUUAUUAGUUACGAGCUGUUACCGGAAAACCGUCAUAUUGUUGUAUAGCACUGUAAAGAGGAAAGGCGUUUGUUUGUUAAUGAAAAGAAGGGCAUGGGAUUAACAGGUGUUUUUUAAGUUUACCCCUUCUGGACCGUGUUGUUAUGGUGGGGCAUAUGUAGCUGUAAAUGCUUUUCUGGUAAGAGUUAUACGUAGUUGAGCGCAUAAGCACUAUUUUGAAGUGGAAGAAAUUUCCCUUGGCAUUA